GAGUGUUGAGGAAAGGAACAGAGAGACUCUACAGAGCUGACUGGCAAGAUUUAUAUGCAGGGCCUGCAGCAUUUUGCUUCUUUCUUUUUAAUGUGUUUUUAAAGGGGUUUAAAAGUCAAGUAGACAUGACAGACAGAUAUUUAGAAAUUCUGAGAGACAGCGGUCAUGCAGUCAACUACAUCCCAUCAGGUCGACAGCUCCCCAGAACUCCUCCUUUGAUGGAUGUAACGAGACACCUGGAUUUUUGUAAUAUUGAUCCAAGUGAGGAUUGUGAGAAACCACCGCAUAAUAUGGAGGCGGGUGCUAGAGGUCAAGAUAACCUAUACAAGACUUUUGAUUUUAACACUCCUGAGGCAGAAAGAGAUGACCCUGAAUCAUUGCUGAAAGGGAUGAAGGGGUAUCAAAUGACCCCAGGUGACUUGGAGUUUAUUAAAAGGAUGAAAGAAGAGAAACACACUAAAAAACUUCAGGGAGACCUGGAAGAGGUGCAGAGGUUGUUAAAGAAGGAAAUGAUGGCUACAGAGCUGGUGUGUGCUUCCAGGGAGAAAGUACAGGCUGAACUCAAAAAAUUCCCAUCCUGUGAGGAGCUCACUGAGUGGGUAAAGGUGGUCUUCAAAAUGACAUCGCCGUCGACUGAGUUAACAGACCUAGAUGCCAAGUCUCUCCUGGCCAUGGUGACAAAAGAGAACCUCCAAAGAGCCAUGGAUGAGAAGAGGAUUGAGCUCACUCGGAAGGAGAAGAUGGUGGCAAGCAAGCGGAAGAAAGAGAUUGAAGAGAGAGGGCAGCUUGAAAGACUAAUUGCCAGUAAACGGCUGGGGAUACAGGGGUUGAUGAACCAGUUAAAGGACCUGAAAUCUGAACUUGAUCAACAUGAGGAAGCCUAUAAAGCUCUUGAGAUGCAGAUCAACUCCCAAAAAGCACCAGACUUCCAAGUGGAAGCAGAUACCUCAGAGGAACUACACGCCACUAAAAGCCAAGUGAAACGCAGAGGAAAGGAAAGAGAGGCUGUUAAAUCUACUGAGAAGUUGCAAGACACAACAAACCAAAGUAAAUCAACAAUGAGUAAACACACAGACUGUAAAACAGACAAUCAGAACACUCUGAAAGAUGAUCAUGCAAAUAAGAACAGUGAAAGAGAAACUUUGAAGGCAAAACAGAUGUCUGGAGCUGCGGCAGAGAGGCCGGCAAAGCCAGUAAAAGCAGUCAGAGUUUCACGGAAGAAAGUCGAAGAGCAACAAUCAAAUCAAGUGUCUGUACACACUGUGAGAGGGAGAAGAAAGCCUCCUGGGACCACACAGACUGCAGCAUCACAACUGAAAGAUCGAGGUAAAGUGAAAACUGAGGAAGAUCAAUCCGCAUCGCAGCAGGCGGCUUCCUCGAGCAGCGGAAAGAAAGCUGCAGGUGAUGUUCAAGAGAGGGCGCAAAACGCUGGUCUUAGGAGAUCCAAGAGGAUAGCAAGCAGGAGGUGAUGUGUUUCACUGUUGAGCAGCUCCACUGGCAUUGGUUGCUCAUGCACUUCAGUGAUAGCUUUUGCAGACUGCUGACACCACAGCUUUUUUGGGUAUGUAGGGGAUGGCAAUGGUCGGUCCAGACCUAAAUAUCUCAUCAAUAUUUUGAUGUUUUGCCUAAAUCUUCAUACAGAGUACAAGUGUUAGCAUGCUAACAGUCUAAAUUAAGAUGGUGAGCAUUAGACCUACUGAACAUUAACAUGUUAACCUCUAGCAUGGCUGUAGACUUAGUCUUUGAACUUUGUGAUUUUUAAUUGUCUGUAUAUAAUUUUAAGAGGCUGUUUUUAUUAAUGUAAAAAUAAAAUUAACUUUCUCAAGUA